AUGAGUCGUGGCAGGAGUGCCGCACGGCCGCUCUCGUUUUUUAUAUGCAUCGUCGCUCUUUUCUCGUUGUACAGCAAUUCGGCGCAUGCAUCUGUCGCAACUUCGAACGACACCGACACCCUCCUAUGGGGUCCCUACCGACCGAAUCUCUACUUCGGCGUGCGACCACGUCUACCGAACAGUCUCCUGACGGGGUUGCUGUGGGCGAAUACCGACAACUAUGGCACAGCUCAACUCAACUUCCGUCACACCUGCGAACAGCACGAGGGGAUGGCAGGCUACGGCUGGGAAGAAUAUGACGCCCGGAAUGGUGGUCGCGAAGUCAUACACGACACUGGAAACAAGAUUGACCUUACAAUUGAUUUUGUAAAGGUGCCUGGAGGACAACAUGGCGGCAGCUGGGCCACGAGGGUCAAGGGAACCCUGCGAGAGGAUGCACCGCCUAAUUUGGUCACAACCCUGAUAUUCUAUGCUGGCAUGGAAGGGUUGGGCGAGCUCGGGUUCACGAGCGAGGAACCAGACGUCGAAGGGGUGGUUACUUUGCACGGCCAAACCCUGGACCUGGGAGAGUUUGAUAUCUCGUUCAAGGAGCCCUCGGAGAAUCGACUGCCGUACCGGACGCAUGGAUCUUGGGACGCCAAACCACUUGAUCGGACCUUGAUGAGUAGCCUGCCAAUGUCGCCGGAGUCGAUCUGGCAGGCGAAGAACAUUGUCUUUGCCAGUAUGAAGCAGCAGAUUGAUGCCUACGUGCAAGAAUAUGGCCAGGAGAACAUGCCACCGCCCUGGGCUGCCUUCACUAUUCCCCAGAAUCCUGGACCUGGGAACUUCCACAUGGUUCAGAAGGUGUUUGUGGGCGACUUUGAGUUUGAUAUUCUGUUCAACUCGGCUUCAGGACCUUCCGUGUCUACAGAGACCUUGGAUAAGACCAUUGCAACCACUUCUGACAAAUUCAAGUCCAAAUUCAAGGAAGUGUUCGCUCCUCUCGCGCCAUUCACCAAGCCUGCCUACACGGCCUUUGCCGAGUCGAUGUUUUCGAAUCUCUUCGGCGGUAUUGGGUAUUUCUAUGGUGAUUCACUUGUGGAUCGUUCUUAUGCUCCGGAAUAUGACGAGGAAAACGAAGGCUUCUGGGAAGAAACGGCAGAAGCGAGAGCUCGGGCACAGGUCGAGAAAGAUGGUCCAGCAGAACUCUUCAGCUGCGUCCCGUCUAGGCCUUUCUUCCCGCGUGGCUUUUUGUGGGACGAGGGCUUCCAUCUGGUCCCCAUUGCGGAGUGGGAUCUCGAUGUCACGAUCGAUAUCGUGAAGUCGUGGUUCAAUCUCAUGGACGAGGAUGGCUGGAUUGCCCGAGAGCAGAUCCUCGGCCCUGAAGCACGCAGCAAAGUCCCGCAAGAAUUCCAAGUCCAGUAUCCCCACUACGCCAACCCGCCGACCCUGUUCCUAAUCAUCGACAUCCUGAUGGACAAACUGUCCGCCACCACGUCCGGGGCUGACAAGGAGCGGAUCGAGUCCGAACUCCGGUCUCUCUACCCGCUGCUCAAACGACAAUACUACUGGUUCCGUCGGACGCAAUUCGGCGACAUCAAGUCGUACGACCGAAAAGCCUUCUCCACGAAAGAAGCGUACCGCUGGCGAGGCCGCACCCCUCGCCACAUCCUUCCAUCAGGUCUUGACGACUAUCCGCGGCCUCAGCCGCCGCAUCCCGGCGAACUGCACACCGACUUGAUCUCCUGGGUCGGCAUGAUGUCCAAGACCCUAUUGAGACUGUCGACACUUCUGUCCGAGCCCGACGACGCGUCCGACUUCAAGACGCAAAGCAACGCUAUCGUCCGCAACAUCGACGACCUGCACUGGUCCGACGAGGCCAAAAUAUAUUGUGACGUGUCGAUCGACGACUACGAAGACUCGAUCCACGUCUGCCACAAAGGGUAUAUCAGUUUAUUCCCCUUCCUAACGGGACUAUUACCCCCGACGCACCCGAACCUGCCUCACAUUUUGGCCCUGAUCUCCUCGGAGUCCGAACUGUGGUCACCAUACGGGAUCCGGUCCCUGUCCAAGACCGACGAGUUCUACGGCACCGACGAGAACUACUGGCGCUCGCCCAUCUGGGUCAACAUCAACUACCUGAUCCUCAAGAACCUGUUGGCUGUAGCGCAGUCGCCGGCCGCACCGGCCAAAGUCAAGACUCAAGCCACGAAAAUCUACUCCGAGCUCAGGCGCAAUCUGGUCCAGAACGUCUUCAACGAGUGGGAGCGCACGGGCUUCGCUUGGGAACAGUAUAAUCCCGAAACCGGGGAGGGCCAGCGCACCCAGCAUUUCACGGGCUGGACGAGUCUGGUCGUUGUCAUGAUGCGCAUGCCGGAUCUCAGUGGCGAGGCUGGUCUCAAGCAUGGCGAGCUGUGA